AUGCGGCCCUGGGCAGGCUCAUGGCGAUGGAUUACCCUGGUGCUGCUGGCUUGGGGCACACUCCUCUUCUACAUCGGCGGCCAUUUGGUGAGGGACAGCGAGCAUCCGGAGCGGUCCAGUAGGGAACUCUCUAAGAUCCUGGCAAAGUUGGAGCGGCUUAAGCAGCAGAAUGAAGACCUACGGCGCAUGGCCGAAUCUCUCAGGAUACCAGAGGGUCAGGCAGAAGCUGGGUCAUUGGCAGCAGGAAGGCUCCGCUCCUUGGAGGACCAGCUAACCAGAGCCAAACAGAAGAUUCACAGCUUUCAGAAACUCACUGGAGAUGGCCCUGGCCCAACUCAGGAGGAGCUGCGCAGGAAGGUUGAGAAUGGCGUCAAGGAGUUCUGGUACUUUGUACGCAGCGAGGUGAAGAAACUGUCCAAUGUGGAGCCUAGUGAGAGGCAGAAAUAUGCUGACACACUCCUGCAGGAUCUGGGAAAUCAGGAGAGAUCCAUCAUGACAGACCUAUACUACCUCAGCCAGGCAGAUGGAGUUGGAGAAUGGAGAGUGAAGGAGGCUAAAGAUCUGUCAGAUCUGGUCCAGAACAGAAUCACCUAUUUACAGAAUCCCCCUGACUGCAGUAAGGCAAGAAAGCUGGUGUGUAACAUCAAUAAGGGCUGCGGUUAUGGCUGCCAGCUGCACCAUGUUGUCUACUGCUUCAUGAUUGCAUACGGCACUCAACGCACACUCAUCCUGGAAUCACACAAUUGGCGCUACGCCCCCGGCGGCUGGGAGACUGUAUUUCUGCCCGUCAGUAACACAUGUACUGACCGGUCUGGGACUUCCACUGGACACUGGUCAGGGGAGGCUAAUGAUAAGGACGUUCAAGUUGUGGAGUUGCCCAUUGUGGACAGCCUACAUCCUCGACCCCCCUACUUACCUCUGGCAAUCCCGGAGGACCUGGCUCCACGUCUGCAUCGUCUGCAUGGUGACCCCUCUGUAUGGUGGGUGUCCCAGUUCGUCAAGUAUCUUGUACGCCCUCAGGCAUGGUUGGAAAAGGAGAUACAGCAGACCACUGCCAAGCUGGGAUUCAAACACCCUAUCAUCGGAGUCCAUGUAAGGAGGACGGAUAAAGUGGGAACAGAGGCAGCCUUCCACCCAAUAGAGGAGUACAUGAUGCACGUGGAGGAACAGUUCCAGCUUUUAGCUAGACGUACAACUCUAGACAAGAAGCGCGUUUAUUUGGCCACCGACGAUCCCUCUCUGCUGCAAGAAGCUAAGACCAAGUAUCCAGACUAUGAGUUCAUCAGUGAUAACUCCAUCUCGUGGUCAGCAGGCCUUCAUAACCGUUACACGGAGAACUCACUGAGAGGAGUUAUCCUGGACAUCCACUUCCUGUCUCAGACAGAUUUCCUGGUCUGCACGUUUUCUUCCCAGGUUUGCCGUGUGGCCUAUGAGAUCAUGCAGACGCUUCAUCCGGACGCCUCCUCCUAUUUCUACUCCCUAGAUGACAUCUACUACUUUGGAGGGCAGAAUGCCCACAAUCAGAUCGCCAUUUACCCACACCAGCCACGCAACAGCGAGGACAUUCCCCUGGAGCCCGGUGAUGUGAUCGGCGUGGCCGGCAACCACUGGGACGGAUACUCCAAAGGCAUCAACCGGAAGCUGGGCCGCACCGGCCUCUACCCUUCAUACAAAGUCAAGGAGAAAAUUGAGACAGUGAAGUACCCACUUUACCCUGAGGCAGACAAACUGCUCAACUCUCAAAACAAGUAAAAAAAAGAGGAUCAUACGAGGAAAAAAAGAAGAAUAUGAAGAGACACAGUCUCCAUUUCCAGGGAAGGAGGCUUCUUUUUUUGUACAGAAGAAAGAGGCGUAGUCGCUACUCUAAGCUGAGAAGAAAAGAAAAAUCCUGCACCCAGGGGUGAUAGGAACAAAAUGCACUCUGUAUGUAUGUGUAUGAGCAAGUUUGACUUUUCUUUCGUUGAACUUGAGUGGGUGUGUGUGUGUGAGAGUGUGUGUGCACUUUUGUAAAUGCCUGUGCAUAUGUCAGGUCAUGGAAGACUCGCACCCCUCUGCUCCCUCCUCCCCAGUGCCCCCACCUUGGCGUUCUGACGUCAGGUUUGUAGAGAUACUUAGACGUGAACAUUGAUUUUUAAAACAAAGCAAGAGGAGAGAAAAAAAAACGAUUAAGAUCUCCACUUAAACGGACCGAGCCAUCCGUCCUGAAACGAGACUGGGAUUACUGUAAACCAGGCACACCCCUUUUGAGCUUCAAAUCCCUGACUGAAGAAGCAAACAAACAAAAAAAAAAAACAAUGACGUGUUUUGAUUUUAAUUUAAUUAUUUCCAGUGCUUUUGAUUCUAAUCUUGCCUUUUUUUCCCUCAUGUAUUUUUCUUUAUCUAUUGUUUACUGAAUGUACUGUAUCCUCUUGCCAUGCUUCGUCAUCUCACCAUGCUUCCUCCAUUUCAUGUUAUCAUGUGCAAUUAAUUUUACAGAAACCACAUUGUGCUUUUAUCGAGUGUUUUAAUGGUCUUAAUUUUGUGUGUCUGGGGCUAAUCUAUUGUAUUCUGUACAGUGAGUGUGUGUGUGAGGAAGAGUGAAAGGCAAAUAGGAAGUGUUUGAUCAUGUGUGCCUGUGUGUGAGGUGCAAGUCUAAGGGGCCAUGUCAUGACCAUGUGUCCGAUUAUUGGUUUUUUAAUAUUUGAUUAAAGAGUUUACAGGAAAUAGAGGCCCUCUGAUUGGCUCUUAACACUUGGAUGGAACCCUGAAAACCAGUCACUCCACUGCUAAUAUAACAAACAAUGAUAAGUUUGAGAAUAGUGAACUACCUGAAAGUGCAGCGACACAGGAGCCGUCCAGGAGGCUCACAUAAACAUAGCACUCUGAUGAUGAUUAUGUCCUUUUUUGGCAGUAUUGCCCUCUCCACCAUUGUUUAUUUCCUUUUUUUUUACUUUGCUUAAAAAAAUAGGUGUUCGUUUUUUUUCAAGUGCUAUUUCAUAUCAACCCUCCCCCCCCACCACCACCACCACCACUAUGAAGGCUGUUUUCAUAAAUUAUGUUCUUGGGCAUUGUCUUUGAUAACCACAAAUCAAAUAAACUUGAGAAACACA